UUAAGUAUUUCUUCUUUAUAAGUUCCCCUCUUUCCAUUCUCCUCCCACAUUCCCAAAACACCAUGUCUUAAUUCUUCUUCACUUUUUCCAAUCAGCCAAACAGGACUCUGAUUAUAUACUCUCAAGUCCUUUCCAUUUCUCAAAUGUUGAUCAAGGGUUGGUUUCUGGGCAUAAUUGAGCUGUCAUUGAGUUUCAAAGAAGCUGUUUCUUUCUGGGUUUUGGCCGCAAUGGAAGCUCAUGGAACUGGGCUUUUCGUUAAAGUGCUUAAAAGAACUCUAUAUGCUGCUUUCACUUGCACUUUCGCAAUGGGAGGAGCUGUGGUGGGUAUAGUUGUAGGAGCCAUCAAAGGUCAGACCACCGAAACGGGGUUUCUCCGAGGUGGCGGCAUCGGUGCGGUGGCUGGUGCAAUCACAGCCGUUCAAUUGCUGGAAUCAAUGGUCGAUGGUGAGUCACUCUCUAAGUUUGCCUUAUUGGGUAGCUUAAUGAGUGGGAAGGUAUUUAUGGAAUGGGUAAGUCCUGCAGUGCUCAAAGCUUAUCAAUGGCAAAUGAUGGCUCUUGAGAAUAGUUACAGAGAGAUUACAGAUAUAUACGAGGACAAUGGAGUGAGAGGAUUGUCUAGAGCUACCAUUCAAAAUCUUCCUUCCUGCGUUUUCAAUUCCUCUCAUCAACCCAUCGAUUUAUGUCAUGAAUUAUUUGGUUGCUCCAUUUGCCUACAGGAGGUAAAAGAUGGAGAAAUGGGAAGAAAGCUGCCGCAAUGCGGACAUUUGUUUCAUAUUACGUGCAUAGAUGAGUGGCUAGUGAGACAAGGGUCUUGCCCUAUGUGCAGAAAACAUGUGUAAUAAUGACACCCAAAUAUCACAGUCCAUCCAUAACUCUCAUAAACCCCAUAUGCUUUCUGGUUAUAUAUAUAUAUAUAUAUAUAUAUAUAUGUA